UUUCCAGUUUGCAAAGGCAUCCCUUCAACCCCCUCCAGGGUGUCAGGUAUUGACCAUUCCAUAGAAAGAUCUUUAACCAGCAGACCUGCUCUUCACUUGCUCAAAUAUUUCCCAUGGCUCCCCACUGCCCCAUUAUAAAACCCCAUUUCCUCCAAAUAGCGCCCAAGGCCCUCCGCCAAUCUCUUCCCAAACCUUCUCCUCCAGCCUUUGAGCCCUUAAGCCUCUUUUGUCCUUCCUUCAUUUCCCUGGACCUCCCUGUCUCCCAGUCUUCACUUAAGCUAUUCCUGCCCCUCCCCUGCUUAUCAUAAUCCCACCUGCUGUUCAAGAACAAGUGCAGACUCACUCUCUAGAAGGCCUUCCCUAACCUACCAACACUACCUCCUCUCCCCCUACCUCUCCCUACCCUGAAUUUUUUCUGUUCUUUUCUCAAACUUUGAAUACUUUCCACCUUAGGUUAGUUAUUUAUGUCAGAAACCAAGGCUCCUGUCCUGUUAUUUAACUUCUCGGACCAACCUACUGUCCUGAUUAAGAGAGGAUUGCUUGUGUCUGAAGCCCAACUCCACCAGUCACAUACUGAGUGACAUUGGGCAGGUUACUCGAUCUCUCUGGGUCUCAGUUAUAAUAGCACUUUCAGUGGCUUUGGGGGGAUUAAAUAAAGCCUUAAUAAAUGGACAGGGUAUCCUCAGGAAGAGAAAAGGAUUCUUAGGUUUCCCAGCACCUUCUCCUCUUUCCAGAGCCAGAGCCAGAGGCCCCUGCCCCACAGAUCCCUGAGGCCCCUACAUCUGAUGUGCCUGUCUGGGACAUUGGGAGCUUCACCCUGCUUGAUGGGAAGCUGGUGCUGCUUGGGAGUGAGGAGGAGAGUCCUCGAAGGCCACGAAUGGGAAGUGCUAGCUCUGAGGGCAGCAUCCACAUGACCAUGGGGAACUUCAAGGAUCCAGAUCGGAUUCCUGGGAAGACUGAACCAGAGGGUGCUGGUCCCAACCAAGUCCACAAUGUUCGGGGGUUGCUCAAGAGGCUGAAAGAGAAGAAAAAGGCCAGGUCAGAACUGGGAGCCAAUGCCUCCCGGGAUGGACCCCCCAGUGCUCUGGGCUCCAGGGAAUCACUGGCCACACUGUCUGAGCUAGAUCUGGGCGCUGAGCGGGAUGUGCAGGUCUGGCCACUACACCCUAGCCUCCUGGGGGAGCCCCACUGCUUCCAGGUAACUUGGGCCGGUGGAAGCCGCUGCUUCUCUUGUCGCUCAGCCGCUGAAAGAGACCGCUGGAUCGAGGACCUUCGACGCCACUUCCAACCCACCCAGGACAACGUGGAGCGGAAAGAGACGUGGUUAAGUGUGUGGGUGCACGAGGCGAAAGGGCUUCCCCUGGCGGCGGCGGGGCCACCUGGCGUGCGCGUCGAACUGUGGCUAGAUGGCUCACUGCUGGCGCGCACUGCACCGCGGGCCGGCCCUGGGCAGCUCUUCUGGGCCGAGCGUUUCCACUUCGAGGCGCUGCCACCAGCGCGUCGCCUGUCGCUGCGGCUGCGGCUGCGUGGCUCAGGCCGGGGGGUCCCGGUGAUGGGCCGCGUGGCGCUGGCACUGGAGGAGCUGGAUAUCCCACGCGCGCCUGCAGCCGGCCUGGACCGCUGGUUUCCUUUGCUCGGGCCGCCAGCAGGCGCAGCGCUGAGGGCGCGGAUCCGGGCCCGACGCCUGCGAGUGCUGCCGUCCGAGCGCUAUAAGGAACUGGCAGAAUUCCUCACCUUCCACUACGAGCGCCUCUGCCGGGCUCUCGAGCCUGAGCUACCUGCUCAGGCCAAGGAGGAACUGGCAGCCGCCAUGGUGCGCGUGCUGCGGGCCACCGGCCGAGCGCAGGCACUUGUGACAGACCUGGGCACUGCUGAGUUGGCACGCUGUGGAGGCCGCGAGGCGCUGCUGUUCCGGGAAAAUACAUUGGCCACUAAAGCCAUCGACGAGUACAUGAAGCUGGUGGCGCAAGAUUACCUUCAGCAGACCCUGGGGCAGGUUGUGCGGCGUCUCUGUGGCUCCACUGAGAACUGUGAGGUGGACCCCAGCAAGUGCCCAGUCUCAGAGCUGCCCAAGCACCAGGCCAGACUUCGAAACAUCUGUGAGGAGGUCUUCAAAACCAUCAUCCACUCCUACGAAUGGUUCCCUGCAGAGCUGCGCAUUGUGUUCUCAGCCUGGCGAGAAGCAUGCAAAGCACGUGGCUCUGAAGCACUAGGCCCCCGACUGGUGUGUGCCUCCCUCUUCCUGAGGCUCCUAUGCCCCGCCAUCCUGGCACCCAGCCUCUUUGGCCUGGCACCAGAACACCCAGCACCCAGCCCAGCACGCACCCUCACACUGAUUGCCAAGGUUAUCCAGAACCUUGCCAACCAUGCCCCGUUUGGUGAGAAGGAGGCCUAUAUGGGCUUCCUGAAUAGCUUCCUGGAGAAACACGGACCAGCCAUGCAACACUUCCUGGACCAGGUGGCCAUAGUGGAUGUGGAUGCUGCACCCAGUGGUUACCAGGGCAGCAGCGACUUGGCUCUCCAGUUGGCAGUCCUGCAUGCCCAGCUCUGUACAAUCUUUGCUGAACUUGAUCAGACAACCCGUGACAGCCUGGAACCACUGCCCACCAUUCUGGGAGCCAUCGAGGAGGGCCGGCCUGUACCUGUGUCAGUGCCAAUGUGUCUCCCAAAGCCCCCAGCCCAGGUUCACACCAGCUUCUCUGCAGGGGAGAAACCCGGCUUCUUGGCCCCCCGGGACCUCCCCAAGCAUACCCCUCUCAUCUCCAAGAGCCAGUCCCUGCGCAGUGUUCACCGCUCAGGCAGUUGGGCCCGGCCGCGUCCGGAAGAGGAGCCGUCCCAGAGGCGGCCCCGGCCAGUGCAGCGCACACAGAGCGUCCCUGACGGGCGCCCUACCCGCCGCCGCCGGUCUGUGGGGCCUCGGCCGCGACCCAAAGGCUCUUUGAGCACCGGUCCUGCGCCCGGCAGCCGGCUCUGGACCGGGGCCUUCUCUUCGCUGCCUCGGAAGCCGUCGGUGCCCUGGCAGCGUCACUUUGAUCAGCCGCGGGACCGAGACCAGGCAGUGGGCACUCACCGACCCUUAAGCAAGCUUGCAGAGCUGCAAUGCGAGGUGGCUGCGCUGCGCAAGGAGCAGAAAGUUCUGUCCUGUCUCGUGGAGUCGCUGAGCACCCACAUCCAGGCUCUCACCGAACAGCAGGAGCAGCUGAGAGGCCAACUGCGGGAUCUGGACUCGCGGCUCAGUGGAGGGACCUCAAAGUUGGAUCCGGAGCGUGGCCUUACAAGCAGUGAAGGGCACAGUCUAAAAAGUCUGGAGCGUCGUCUAACUGAGAUGGAGAAUUCGCAGGCCUGGCUGAAGGAUGCUGUCCAGAGCCUGCAGCUUUUGCCAAGGACGCUGGGAUCCCAGAGCCAGCCUCUGCCCCUCAAAACACCCUGCAUCAAUGGAGACACCACCUGAACUGUCCAUCUCACCCACACCUGUUCUGGAGGCAGAGAGAUAGCUGUCUUGAGGCGGGUGUCUGAACUUGCCUUUGCCCUUCAUGGCCUACAGUGAGGAGUGCUGCUGUGGAUGCCAACCACUCUGGCACUAUGAACCUGCCCAGUAAAAUCUUGAUUUCAGUAAAAUUGGUGGGUUUUUUACCCCCUAAGCAUUGGCAAUUCUUAGAACUUUGUCCCCCAAUCUCCAUUCAGCUCCCCUAGAUUCUCCUCUAAUUAAAAGCCUCAUGGAGGGGAUGAUGUGAGCAGAUUCUCACCAGGUAUGUGACCUUAGACUUUCACUCUCAAUGUGCCUCUGUUUUCUCACCUGUAAAAUGGAUCUAUAGUUCUCUGCACAGUUAUUCAUCACUGUUAUGGGCAGCACCUGCUUCUCAAUGAAGCAUGGAUUCCCUUUCCACCUCUGCCCACCUCACAUGCCCAUGACCUCCCAACCUACCCUGCCAAUUCCAGGCCCCAGAUAAGAGAAUCUCCCUAGCCUCCCAAAUCCCAACCAGAUCCCUCAUGGGAGGGAGAGCAUGAAUCUAAGAAGUAGAUAAAGGAAGGAUGGGCAGGUAUAGAGAUGGUUAGGCUCUGUGGGUGAACAGUUUGAUAAAUGAAUCAUUUGAAUCAUGGGUGAGGAGUAGGGUGGAUGGAGCAAGAGGCAGAUGGAAUGUUUGACCUGGUACAUGAGUAACUGGGUGGUUACCCAGCAUAGAUAUGUCUGGCUAGCAAAGACCUGGCUCAUAAAUAAAUUUUCAAAUUGAGUAAGUGAUUUUA